UAAAUAAUACAAUAUGUUUCAACACUCCUUUGCUACAUCUGUUAGUUAAUUACUUUUUUCUAUCGUAUAUUACGGGAUAACUUUAACGUUUCAAAAUCAAAUUUCUGUCGGACUAGGAGCUCGUAUUUUCGAUAAACAACUCAACAAUGAUGUCACCGUUAUCAAAGUUGACGGUUAUAUUUCUACUGAUUCCACAUACGCAAGUUUCAGGUUGGUUUUAUAAGGUGCCGGAAGUUUGUUACGGGGACUUAGGGUGUUUCCCUAAUUCCUUGCCGUUUUACAACACCUUACACUUAUUGCCGCGCUCACCUGAGAUAAUUGAUACAAAAUUUACUCUCUAUACCCGAGACCUCACAUCCGUGAUAGAUCAUGAAAAUUUGCAAAAUAUCACAGUGGCAAAACAAAUUAAGGUUAUUGUACACGGGUAUAUCAGUUCCGAAGCGGCACCCUGGGUACAAAUUAUGAUACAAGAGCUAUUAACAUAUUAUGAUUAUUACGUCAUCACUGUGGAUUGGAGUAACGGUGCGGAUGUAAAUUAUUUCCAAGCUGCAGCAGAUACACGUCUGAUUGGGGCGGAACUUGCGCGCCUUCUUAAUGCUAUAAAGGACGUUAAAAAUAUCUUGCCCGGAGACGUGCACAUAAUUGGACACAGCUUUGGUGCACAUAUAGCCGGAUACGCCGGGGAGAUCAUGUCUGGUAUCGGCAGAAUUACAGGCUUGGAUCCAGCAGGUCCUGCAUUCGAAUAUUGGCCGGAAAUUACUCGCCUGGACAAAAAUGACGCUGUUUUUGUUGACGUCAUUCACACUGACGGCGAUCUCGUAGGUGGUAUAGGUAUGAUGAGAGCUGUGGGACACAUUGAUUUUUACCCCAAUGGAGGGAAGGUUCAGCCUGGUUGCACUCAGGGAGAGGUUGAUAUAAUUGAAGUCUUGAACGGUGAUAUAGGACAAUUGCUGAACCUUCUUGACUUAUUGUUAUGCAGCCAUCGUCGUUCAUACUACUAUUUCAUUGAGUCAAUCAACAGUCUGUGUCCGUUUACGUCAUACCCAUGUGACACGAUAGACGACCAAUCGUCUGCUAACUGCAAUGCGUGCGGCACCGGAUGUGCACUGAUGGGAUUUCAUGCUGCACCUGGUAUGAACCACGGGAAAUACUUCCUGCAAACAAACGCAGCAGUACCUUUCUGCAUUGCUUGAGUUAGACGGAAACAGUUAAAAUAAAUUUCAGUAAAUUAAGACCAUUUUAAGAACUAACAAGCUAUAUCACUACAAUAUAUCAACAAUAAAAUAUUCGCAUUCA